UCUAACCACGAAAAGCAAUAUAACCUUAUAUAAUGUACGGAAAUGGCAUUAACAAAUUGUUUGAAAAUAGUUGAAUUAUAUCAAACUUUCCAAAAAUUUAAAACUAAACCGUUGAACCUAAAAACUAUUAUAAAUUUAAACAAUUUAGUAUCAUUCAAAGUUUUAUCCAAUAAACGUUUUAAUUCAUCUAAUGCCUGUGAUGAUUCAAGUGAUGCAAUCCUGAAGAACUCGUUAAAUGAACAAAAUGUUUCAAUUUUGCUUAAAUUACCUGGUAAAAAGAUAACGUUAACUACUCUUUUAAAAGCUAAACAAUUAUCUGCCAGUAAAGACAUGAAAUUGGUGAAAAUUAUCGAUAGCAAUGAAAAUAGUAAGCCAUUCUACAAGCUUAUAUCCAUAACGGAUGAAUCAAAAAAAAACUCAGAAUUUAAAGUAUCUAAAAAGCAGAACAUAAAGCAUAUGUAUAUUUCAGCAAAUAUUUGUGAUCAUGAUUUGAAAAUAAAAAUUAAAAGCAUGACAGGAUUUCUUGAGAAAAAUUGUAAAGUUACACUCAGCAUUAAUGCAGUUUCAAAUCCAUCCAAAUUAACGAUACAAAUAAGGAUACUAAUUCAUCAAAUGAUAAAAUUGACAAAACAGAAGGAAAUUAAGAAGAUUAUAAAAUACUAA